GCCGCCGCCAUGUCUCUGCUCCGAGGUGUGUUCAUCGUUGCUGCAAAGCGCACGCCCUUCGGAGCGUACGGAGGUCUUCUGAAAGACUUCACAGCCACUGACCUGACGGAAAUUGCUGCCAAGGCUGCCUUGUCCGCGGGUAACAUCUCACCUGAGACUGUUGACAGUGUCAUUGUGGGCAAUGUCAUGCAGAGUUCUUCUGAUGCUGCCUACCUGGCAAGGCAUGUUGGCCUGCGAGCGGGAGUUCCUAAAGAGACCCCAGCUCUCACUGUGAAUAGACUCUGUGGCUCCGGGUUCCAGUCCAUUGUGAAUGGAAGUCAGGAAAUUUGUCUUAAAGAUGCUGAAGUUGUCUUGUGUGGAGGAACCGAAAGCAUGAGCCAAGCCCCCUACUGUGUCAGAAAUGCACGUUUUGGAACCAAGUUUGGAUCAGAUCUCAAGCUGGAAGAUUCUUUAUGGGCAGGAUUAACAGAUCAGCAUGUCCAACUCCCCAUGGGAAUCACCGCAGAGAAUCUUGCUGCGAAACAUAAAAUAAGCAGAGAAGAUUGUGACAAAUACGCCCUACAGUCACAGCAGAGGUGGAAAGCCGCUAAUGAUGCUGGCUACUUUAAUAAUGAGAUGGUGCCAAUUGAGGUGAAGACAAAGAAAGGGAAACAGACAAUGCAAGUUGAUGAACACGCUCGGCCCCAAGUCACCCUGGAGCAAUUAAAUAAACUUCCUCCGGUGUUCAAGAAAGAAGGGACUGUCACUGCAGGGAACGCAUCGGGGGUGUCUGAUGGUGCAGGAGCGGUAGUCAUCGCUAGUGAAGAUGCCGUUAAAAAGCACAACUUCACACCACUGGCAAGAGUGGUGGGCUAUUUUGUGUCUGGAUGUGAUCCCUCAAUCAUGGGCAUUGGUCCUGUCCCUGCUAUUAGCGGGGCACUGAAGAAAACAGGACUGAGUCUUAAAGACAUGGAUUUGGUGGAGGUGAAUGAAGCUUUUGCUCCCCAGUACUUGGCAGUUGAGAAAAGUUUGCAACUUGACCCAAGUAAAACGAAUGUGAAUGGAGGAGCCAUUGCUUUGGGCCAUCCACUGGGAGGGUCUGGAUCCAGAAUUAUGGCACACCUGGUUCAUGAAUUAAGGCGCCGAGGUGGAAAAUACGCUGUUGGAUCAGCUUGUAUUGGAGGUGGCCAAGGCAUCGCGGUCAUUAUUCAGAACACAGCUUGA